AUGGCGGCGGGCGGGAAUGUUGAAGUCGUUUGGAGCAAUUUGGUGAAGUACCUCUCGCCCUCGGCUCCCCAAGAACUUGGUAUUAAAAGUACGUACCAUAUAAAGUGCCUCAUUUUCAGUGUUAAUUGUUUGUGUGAUUUCUUUCAGGGACUUGCAGGUCUUUGGAACAGUUGAGACAAAACCCACCUGUGCUCGCACUCUUGCGAGAAUGGUUCUUAGGUAAGCUGGCAGCUGCAAGGGCUCGGCAUUGGAUUGGACUAACAAACGGAUAGAUCGUAUAAGUAUUGGGAAAGCCCACUGUAUUAUCCACUGGAUAGAGGUUUAUCUAGCUAGCGGAUAGCAGACCUUCCAACCCCUAAACCAUGCAAAUCUGGAGUGGAGUGAAAAAAAGCCCCCCAAAACCUGGAGAUUGGGACCUCAAACCUGGAGAUUUAUAAACUAUGUGUCAAAGAAAACCAAAAAGGCAGAUAAUUUGUGUCAUAUUAUGUACCCUUUCAGAUAUAAGUUACUCCAUUUACUUUUAAAUGUUGUGCAAUAUCGGCUGCUCUAGCCGCUGAUUUUCUUUUCUUCUGAAGCUAUCUUCUGUUUCACUAUCCAUGUCGAUAAGACGUUUGACUAUUCCACAGAACUUAGCCAACACAUUUUUCUCAGGAGUGAGGUUAGAAUUGGAUCCAGUUUACCUCCGCCCUAAAUUCAAAAAGUCAUACAAUUCGUCCAUUAUGAAGACAAUUUUUUUGGAAAUUACUCAAUUCCCACUGAAAUUGUCUGACAAUUUCAGGAUUUUCGGAUUUGCUGGGACAUUUGGAGGCUAAAUCGGGAGACCGUGAGUUGAUAGCCCAAACUAUGAGUCUCUUACCCUGCAAGCAGAGGCCCUUCGAUCUUCCUAGAUAAGUUGGGAAGAGGAAGGCACUCUUCCCGACUUAUCUAGGAACAUUGGAGGGCCUCUGCUCACAGGGUAUGAGUCUCUUGGUCAGACCGUAAGAGUUGGAAGGUCUGGGAUAGUGUUAUCCAACCGUUGAACAACUGGGGCAUGGCCCUGGUUGUUUGGAUGUUUGAUAUCACUAUCCACAGGGUAAAUCUCUAUCCAGUGGAUAGCGUAAUUAUUGGUUUCCCUAUACAGCUGGAUACUGAUUUAUCCAGUGGUUAGCCAGCCUGCAAAGAAAGUAGUGUCCAGUAGUCUGGGGCUAGUGGAUUUUGCUAUUGGGCAAGUGAAUUCUGUUUUUAACUUGCCUGAUGGGCAAGUGAUGAUUUUUCAGGAAUUUGAAUGACAGAAGAACUGUGAAAUCAAUUUUGCCCGUCAAAAAGCUUUUUGGGCUAGUUGAAAUGACAUCUGGGCUAGUAAAUGCAAGUUUCAGCUCGCCCAAAUGGCAAGCUGUAAAAAUUGAUUUUCUUUGCACCCUGGGAUAGCACUAUCCAACAUUUGAACAGCUGGUGCUAGCUGCUCUUCAAUUUACCAACACUACAUACAUUCUUUGAAUUGAAACAGAUGAAAUUAAUCAUAUUUUGAACCAUGGAUGUUUAUAAAGAUAUGAACAUGAACAUGACCUUCGCAGUAGAAUGUACAUUUUUUCAGGCUCUUUUUCAGCCACUUAGCUGGCUCAUUCUUCUGUGAAGAUCAUGUUAACUUUCAUACUGCAUUUUUUACUGAUGCAAAGCUCCUUAUGCAAGCCCUUUAUGGUCAUUUUGCCCCCAAGUCAUUUGGCCCCAGUCAUUUAGCCAUCUAAGUAACCUUUUACAUAGCUUGAAGAAGAAGAUAUAUCACAUAUUUUAAUGAGUUGAAAAUAAGGGUCUAAGUAACCGGGGCGAAAAGGCUUAGAGGCGAAAUGACUGCUUACCCUGCAAGCAUAUCAAAGCUAUAGUUUAUUUCUUUAGGUCUUUUUUAAGUCCUUUUUAGUUAUGAAAUAGAAAGAACUUGAGCUCUCUGGGGCAGCUAUAGCAGGGGUUAAGGGCUUCAUUCGAACCCUCUAAAUUAAAACAGCUGAUGUCAAAAACUUGUAGAAAUAUAAAAUAAAUACAGUCAAUUUUAAAUGCAAUAAAUUCAUAACCAAGUUAAGCCUCUGCUGCUCAAUAAAGCCAGUCACUUCAGCAGACAAUGAGCAAGCAAACAGACUACCAUCUGACCAUGACAACCGAAAGACUGUCAGGCUUCACCUAUGAUGUACAUUUACUAGAUAAAGCCUGUUGACUACGAUCCUUUGGUUCAGCUUUUUGUGGAAAGAUACCCCUGAAAAAUGCUUCUUGUUGAUCCUGUCUUUGAUGAAACACAAAAAUAAUUGAAAAAAGUUAAAAUGUAGUGUAUUUGCAUCGUUUUUACGCAGCUUUGUUAUAUUUUUAUCCAAAAAGAAUGUCACUUUCACUUUGAAAAAAAAGAAAUCAAAACAUGCUGACUUUGCCUCAGGAUGGUGGAAAUCGCAUUUCCCAGGACUUGAAAGCCGCCUUUGGGGCCCCCUUUUCAUCAAACCCCCUUUGCUAAAACCUGGAUCUGCCCCAGAGCUCUUAUGAGGUAUAUUUCUUCUUUUCAGAAAAAUGCCAAAAAGACCUGAAAGAUCAGUUUCGCCCUCAAUUUUGGUCAUUUUUCCAGGAAAAAGAGGUAAAAUUUUCCAGUUCAUCUCAGGGUGGAAAGAAAGUCAGUUUUAUAGCUUGCCAUGAUUUGGGCAAGCUGCAGCUAACAUGAUUUGUUCUAGCCUAAGGGUCAUUUUAAUUGGCCUCCCCAAAAAAUUUUUGAAGAGCAGAAUUGAUUACAGUUCUUCUCUAAUGUGACUUUCCUAAAAACAAUUAUUUGCCUGUUGGGCAAGUUAAGAACAGAAUUCACUAGCUGGUAGCAAAGUCCACUAGUAGUCGCAGGCUAUCAGACAUGAUUUUCUUUGCACGCUGCAUCUAAUUCUGAGGUAAUUAGCUUGGUUAUAAUCCAGGUUACAAUGUUGUGAAGAAUCCCAGCCCAUAUUUGUACAAUAACUAAAUAAAUAUGUGUGUAUAAUGUGUUUGGGAUGGGGGAUGGAGAGGAGGGGGGGGGGAGGGGGUGGUGUUAAAAGGCCAAAUGAGUCUUUGUGUUUAUGUUAAUAUUCUUGUAGGGUGCUUUCCAUUCAAUCAUAACUUCUGGUUUGAAUUUGCGGCAACCUCCGGUAGCGAAUGGAACAGUGUUUUCCCAGGAAAUUUCUGUACCAUUUGGCCCUGUUUCCAAAUCUUUAGAAGUUUAGUUUGAGUGGAAGUGCCCAUAGUCAUGUAUGGCUCGGUAUAUAGGAAUGUACAGUUGUUUGUGUUUUCUUUUUGAGGUAACAACUUGUUCUCCCAUUUUGUCACACUAUUUGCUAUAUAUCUUUUUAAAAAGCUGAAAUGUUUUUUUCGCAUCUAUUGAAUUCCAAAAAUAAUGGUCCAGUUUUGUUGUUUACGACUAUAUUUAAGCAUUGAAAUAGUUCCCCUUUUGUCUAUUGCAUGGAUGACAAUGGAUUGAAAUUUGAAAAAGUUGGGCCAACUUGACGUUUUCUAGCUACAUGUACGUAUGCCUGCAAAAUCACUAAAAAAGAAAGUCUUUGAGCACUAGUUCAUUGCUCAGUGAAAUAAUGACCCAGGUGUGUGCUUUAAAAUUGUAUAAAUGACUUUUUCACCUUUUCCAUUAUUCUGUAGAAAGAAGUAAAGACAGUAGACUCUUUACUCAGUGCAGUAAGUGAGCUCCACAGAAAUGUGUCUGCCUACAAGCCAUCUGUGGAACUCCUUCAAUGUUUGACAGGAUCCUUUGCCCACAGGUACAUUCAGACAUAAAACAAUUUAUUAUUACUACUACUAAUUAUAAUAUUAUAGUGAUCAGUGCUUGACACUAAUGUUUUUGGACACUAGGGAUUGGUUAGUGAGUUUAAUAAAUCACGAGCCUAGGAGGACAAGCCACCGGUCCAAGAAAAAUUGAAGUGGUUCGAACUAUUACAGUGUUUGUAGCCUGUACUAGGGGUUAAGAGCUUUCAUGACUCUUUAUUGAGUCCAGACAGAAAUGUUCUGUUCCUGUGACAAAAGCAUAGUUUGCUAAUCUCUCAGCACUACUGUUUGAGUCCACACAAGUUCCACAGUAUGAAUCGCAACCAAGGAUAUGUUUUCUUCCAACUUGGUUGAAAACUUCUUGACCACUUAUUGCACUUCUUUUUCUCGUCAUGUGGUGUAUGGUCUUUUGGUAAACAAUGAAAUCUGCCUCAGCAUCAUUGGCCGUUGAAGGAUGCUAUCUGGAAGGUAGUUUUUUAAAAAAGCUUCUUCAUUUCUGUGGUGAAUGAGCACAAAUAAAUUCAAAGAUGAUGGACACUAUGGUGGCUCUCACCCAGGCUAAGUAAACAGAUUUAAUUUUCUAGUCAUGAAAUAUUCAUAAAUGGGGGUACAAUUCUCACUGCUGACCCUUCACAGCUUCACGAGAUUUUUGCGAUAACUUAUUUCCAGUGUGAACAAAUGUGAAGAUAUUAGGUGCAAUGACUAGUGCAUGUCUAUGUCAUGACUAUGGUUUUUUUCUUUCCUUUUCAGCAACCUUAAUCUUCAGUUUGAAGUACUAGUGAGAGCCAUUGUCUUUUGCAAUGUACCUAAACAGUUUAAAGAUUUAGUAAAUAACUUCUACAGCCAGGCAUUUCAAGCUUAUCAGUCUAUGAACAAAAAGGGAAAUAAACCAAUGGAUACAUCAGGUAUGGUAUCUGCUGUGAUUGUGAUGGACGUCUUUACAACAUAGCGUCCAUAAUUGCCCUAUCUGAGUCCUAUUGAGUUGCUAUAAAAAAGGUCUUUAUAUAUGUGUUAUCGGUCAAAAUUAAAUACAACCCUCAGGGUUGUCAAAAGUAGCUGGCUGCCGGCAAAAAUCGCCAUCUACUUGGUUAGUAUUGGCUGGCUGCUCUGUGUAGCAUUUCUUUACAGAUGGUGUUUUUUAAAUAAAAUAUCCCUGGACUGGCUGCUUACUUUGACAACUCGGCCGUCUAUUUCAAAACUUUUGAUAACCCUGACCCUGCUGAUUCUCUAUUUCCUUUGUUUCCUACUACCUAGCCCUAAUAAACUUAUUCAUGGUUUUGCUCUCGAAGUGUCCAAUAAUCAAAGACCAUGAUUAAGAACUUUCUAGCACUUGGAAUUGAGCCUCUAGCCACUCAAACCAAGAGCAAAAGGCAGUGAAAAUGUUUCGCAAAUAAGAGCCUGAGUCAUUGAAAAGUCUGGCACGAAGACUGACAUUCAACUGGAUGGAAAUGAAGACCACAAAUUGAUCUGUGUGAGGGAACAUCCAGUAACACAAUAUAUUUUCUAUUAAACGUACUUUAUGAAUAUUGAAGAUAGGCCAUUAGGUGGUGUUCUUGCUUGUUUCUCAGGUGCAUCUUUAAUGAGUGUUGAAGACGAAGAGGGGGCAGACGAUGAUGUUGAGUCACUCACUUGCACUGGUUGCACAGAAGAAAAGGACACUUGUCACUGUGCAAAAAUUGUUGAGGGUUUUUCACAGCUAAAUUCACAGCUCCAUUCUCUUGGGCUGGUAAAAAAAGUAGCUGAACCAGCUUUCCUGUCAGUAAUUCACACAGAGGUAAUAAUUUGUGUAGAGAGGCUUGUCUAGUUGUAAGAGUCUGCGAAAACAUAAUAAUUUUUUGAAAGCAUCAUUUUGUGGACCUUUUGUUGAACCUUGAACUUCAUUCUUGUUUGCCAUGUUAUUUUGAAAAGGGGCCUGCUAAGUGCGUCUUUCAAAUAACUUAGUACUUUGUAAGAAAGGAGAGAAUGUGAAAUGAGAUCAAGAGUCUCUUAACAAUAGGCUUUCUUCCAUGCACCCCUUCAUUGAUAUUUUAAUUUUUUCCAGCAGAUCCUUGAUUUCCAUAUUGUGGGAAAGGGUAUUAAAUGAAUGCGUAUACUUUAAGAAUCAAAACUCAUGUCUGCUCGAAGAAACUGACCUAGGCUCAAUUUCCAACGUCCUUUAAAACAGUGGCUGGUAAUCAAUCCUAGAAAUGACUGCUCACCCUGAAAAUAAUCUUUUGUUUUUCGUCUUACCCUCCCUACCCUCAGGAAAUCUAGGUUAGUUCUUUCUGUUAAUUAAAAACGUUUUGUGAUUAAACCCCCUCCCCCUGAGCAUUUCUAAUGACUUCUGUAGGGGAGGGUUAUAAAUGACUCAUGGGAAUUAUGCAGCCACUACUGAGUCAAUAUAGUUUCUGAUCAGCUUUCAAUUUUGUCUUUAUAAUAUUACUUCUAAAUCAAACAUAAAGAUCACAAGAACAGAGAAAAUGAUCACUAAAGCUAAAUUGUCUUUAGUUUAUUUUUAACUUUCUCCUGAAUUAGUACCGUAAGAGAGAAAUAGUGUAGAAGCAUGUAACAAAAUGGAUAAGAAAGGGUAUAGUCAUUGAGCACCACUCCCUGAGCAGGGCUUUUGCUUAGAUUUCAAGUUGCCUGUUAUAUGUAUUAGUAGGUAGGGCACUGAACAGCUAGAAAGUUCUUUUAAUGACAACUAUUUUCGUUUGUUACCUACGAAAGUAGCACAUGGUCAUGCUUGUAGUGUCCAGGGGAAAUUUCCAGCCCCUACAUCUCAGUGGUAGCCCUUCCCUGGAGAAAUACCAGAGAGAAACUUUGCCAAUUAUUAGUUAAAUGUAGAAUAAUGUAGACUUUUUGGGAAUUAAACAACAUUAAAUGGCUCCUGUACAUGGACAUUAUAUUUUUAUCACUAGCCUAGGACCAGGCUCUGUGGUGGAGGAAAAAGUUGAAAAAAAAUUGGUGAGCAAACACCACUCGCCUUGUUUUGCUCGCUGACUUCUUUUUCUGUUUCACCCCGUUUCUUGUCUUUUUCCCCCACUAGGUAGCCUUGUCCCAGACUAUCUUAUCAUGCCGGUGAAGGUUAUUUUUAAUUGUUAGUGACAGUAUUUAUAACUAUUGUGAUGUUUGGCUUAGAUUCAAAGGAGAAUUGAAGAGAAGUGCAAAGGAGUGUUUGAAUCUUCCUUUUUGACAUCCUUGCUAAGUUGGAUUGACACUGAGUUGUGUGGCUGGUUAAUUUUGAUUUUUCAAUCUCCAAGUAAGUUUACUUUUUACCAGUAUUCCUCUCUACUGUGCAACACAGACACUCUUCCAGUCACAUCAGGAACAUCAUUUCAUCACUUCAAUCUCCAUAAUAAUGGUUAGAGACUAAUGUAAGGGAUGUAUUCAUGAUACAAAAGCAAAUGCUACUAGCUAGAAAAUGAAAGGGAUUAUUUAAAUACAGCCAGGAAGUGUAUUUUGUUAUAUUUUUUGCAUUUAAUAUGGAUAUAAGCUAAUGUCCAGUUGAAGUUUUUUCACUCUCUGGGAAGGACUUUUUUCACAUUAUCAUGAACUUAUGAGUGGUGUUUGACCUGUCAAUACUUAGUUCAAACUUGAAACAGAUCAGCUUCAUGACUUCUUAAUGUAAGACUCAAUGUCAUUGGCAAAAAUAAGAUUUGCUCAGUCAAAGCUUAGAAUGCUCCAGGCAUGAAGGCAAGGAAGAAAAGAAGGAAAACCUCUGUUGUUCAAACAAACUCUAAGGUUACCUUGCAGAUUACCACAAGCCUAAGAAUCGUGUUUGGCCUGUCAACACUUUAUUUCAAAAAGUAUGGUCACUUAAUAGAGGUUCUGUUUAAAGUGAUUUACUGAUAGUUUUUUCAGAUGGGACUCUAAUAACUGGCUGCCAGAUAAAGGGGUUGGUAUGCAUCUUGAAACUCCUUGAAUUUCAGGAGUCAGAUUUCAAGGCCUUGAAAGUAGUUGAAAUUGGUUUUUGGUCCUUUAAAUUCCUUAUUUUUAUACCAAAAAAAAAAAGAUCUGAAUUAUCAAUGCUUUUAAAGGUACUGAGUUUUUAAAGUAGAAUGUGCAAAUGCAGACAGCAUAAAUUGCUGACAAAAUAGUUAAAACACCCAUUUCCCUGCACUUUUACAUUACUCUUGCAUUGAACUACUUUUAUAUUGAAUUACAGGGGCACUGCACAUUGUCCAUGGAUGCAUAUCUUGCAUGUGAUUCUAUAAUUAUUAUUCAAACUCUCAUUUGUCAUGUUUCUAGAUAUCCCUUUAAGAAAGGCCUUGAAAGGCUUCCAAAAAGUCCUUGAAAAGUCCUUGAAUUUUUGGCUUGAAAAAGUUUAUUAAUUCUCUAAAUAGGUAUAGAGGCUGGUCACGUCAUAAGAUGCCCCUUUUUUAUGCCCAAUAGUUAAAAGGAAGUCGCUUAUAGUCCAGGAAAGUCCUGCAUUGUAGGCCAUUAAUGUAUUUCAGCCAGUCAAUAAAAAGAUAUAGAUUUCAUUAAUCUUGCAUUGAAGAAAUUUGAAGGAAUUAAAACACAUAGAGUUUAAAGCAUUUUGUUUGUUUUGUUUAAUGAAAUGAUGCAGACUCUAGAAGUACCAGUGAAGAGAUGUCAUUGGAUGAAUGGAAACCAAAACUUCAAUACUUCAUGUAUAAGUCAUUUGCUGAUCUUAGGUGUGAAAUAUAUUUCUUUGUUUCUCUAUUAAAUAAAACUACUAAUGUUUAGGGUUGUGUUUGGGCUACAAGGUUUAGGAAAUUGUUUAAAGGCUAACUAGAACACACUUUUUACAGGACAGUACAGAUCAAUAAAGUCAUGAUUUUUAAUUAAAAUGCCACUAGAAAAAAAGUAAACUCUCUUUGUAAAAUUUUAAAAAAAAGAUGUGCAACAUCAUACUUCUAAAGUAUCAAAAAUUGAAAUUUUAAGUAAUAGCAUUGCUUGUGCCUUGUCCCCAAAAUGGGAUGCUCUUCUGCUCUUUCUGUAUUUAGUCUUUCUGUCUAUAAGUAGACUUGCUACAAGUUGACCUCUUGGCGAGUGAGCAAGCCUUUUUUGGCUGCGAAGCGGCCGACUGGCGCUGCGAGCGACGAAGUAGUAAAUAUAGCCAUUCCAAGCAAUCUAUACUUCUACCCAAAAUGUCCCUCGUGGUAGCUCAUGAUAUAGACAGCAGCUUUAUUUGUAAUCUGAGGCCAGGGAAAAAUAUAUUUUUUGUAAUCUACAGGUCUGUGGUAAUUUUCAGUGUUUUUUAAUUUUCAUUUUCAGGAUAAGUGAAUUGUUUGACAUAAUAAUAGAAUAUCCAGACUCUCUUCCUGCAAUUUAUGAUCUGAAGGUUAGCAUUAAAAGACAUGCUCAAGUUUUGUCUGUUUUAUAUUCAUCUUAUUUUAGCAGUUGUUGUUUAUUUUGAUUUUUCUCUCUUGCUCCAGGAGUCCUUAGAGGUCACUGACCAAAGGAAAGAGCUUAUAGUGGAUCUACGAACAGCGUAUGUUUACUUUUUCAUGUGGUUACGGACUCAUCAGCAGCCAGCCUGGGUCUACCGCAGGGACAUACAUGGCAUGACCACAUUUGCGGGAUGUUGUUGACGUUUUCCGCCAAUUUUUAGCCCAUGAAAGGGGGAUUAUUGUAUAUCGCUUUUGAACUUUUGUAGCAAGAUCUCUCUCAAAAACACCGCAUCAACAGGAAUACAAAGUUUUGUACCGGCCAGCAGGGCUGUCAUUAAGGGGAUUUCCCCUGGCUACUCCAAGCAUUACCGCCAGCUACUAUGGAACCUUGAUAUCACAAAGGCCAAGGGACUGGCAGAAUUUGUUUGCUAUAACGAGGUUUCAUUAUAUCAAGGUUCUUUUUCAUAUAUUUUACAGUUACUGGGGCCAAGAAUGUUGUAACUUAUAGCGAGGAAUUUGUUAUGAAGAGGUUGGUUAUAUCAAGGUUAUACUGUGGUUCCAUAGGAAGUGAAAGGGAAAUAGAACCGAAAGAACUUCUUAGCUGUUCAAUUCCCGGUCUACUAAUUGCAUAUACGGAGAAACUUGAAAUCUUAGUGACAGCCCUGCUACCAGUAAUAGCAUAGUGGUCAGCAACUAUGCAAAUUUCUUGGAACAAAAGAUAGUUUUUGCGUGAGGAAAAAAACUUGAUCCUCACUAACAUGGCCACCAUUUCAUUGUGAUGGUUCCCCAAAAUGGCUGCCACGAGAUAUAUGAAAACUAAUGAAGUGUAACAGCUAACUUUAGGUUUUGUGUUAUGUCUAUUUUUUUCAGGUUUGAGAGGCGGCUACUGCAUCCUGGUGCCAACACAUCUGAUAUUCUUACUCAGUAUGUGUCUGCUAUCAGAGCUCUCCAUGUCUUAGAUCCUGCUGGGGUUAUUCUAGAGCAUGUCUGCACUCCUGUUAGACAAUAUCUUAGGUAAUAAAAGAUAUUUAAUUAUAUGUAUCACAGUGCUGUUGUUUAUGAAACCAGUCCCUGAUUUAUCUUUCUUUUUUCUUCAGAACUUGUAGCUCGAAUGGAGUGAAGAGUUUUAUGUGUCUCUAGCACUCACACUAAAAUACAAUUCUCCCACUUCACAGGUGAACAAGUGCUAUUCAACUUACACACCUUUUCGCAUCAACACAUGUUAAAGGUGUCACUGCACAGCCUUGAUUCACCUCUCUUUACUUACUGCAGAAGCUAUAACUAAUAAGCCUAGCUUGGCAGGUCUAGAAACUACAAGCAGUAAACAAGGCUAAUUACUAUCGAUUUUUUUUUUUUAAAAACAUUUCUUUUCUUAUAGAACUCGAGAGGAUACUGUACGCUGCAUUGUGACCAGUCUUACGGACGAAAACAGUACAGAACUGGCAGAGGUGAUAGAUCUGUAUUAGACAGUCUGAAAAUAAUUUUUUGAGAAAUGUACUAAGCUCACACUGAACGUAAAACCAUUGAAUGUGAUAUUCCUAGCAAAAAUAAAAAUGUGAUUUGAAGCUUCUUAAGCCAUGUCCUGCUGACCCUCUAGAUGAAAGGGAAGAAGCAACCAAAAGUAUUUAUUGCCAACUUUAUUUUUGGUCGGUGUUUAUUUAGACUUCUUUUUUCCUCUGGUAAAAUUAUUUGAAUUCAAAAGGAAUUUACUUCAAAAGUGGAAAGACUUGAUUGUCAUAAAAAUUGCAGUGUGUUUUCAAUGUAGUGUGGUAAUCUCUAGCCCAUUUAACAAAAAGCUCCUUUUUGGGCAUGCUUUAAAUGUUUCCUGCACAAGUUGUACAUUAAAGUCAACUUUUAAUGUAGAUUUUGAUGACAUCGCAAAGCUUGCAGUGUAGCAUCAACAAGGCCUGAAGUGGGGGCCUGUUAACUCAGUGAAUGCUAAUUAGUAAGAGAAAGAGUUACAGGUCUGCAGCUGAUCUAUAAAUUAAUAUGUAGGGUGUUUGCAUUGUUAAUGAGUUUAAUGUACCAGAAAAAUACAGUGUAUCUUAAUCCUUUUCUAGAUGUUUGAGUUCGAUUACAACAAUAUAUUAGCCCUUUCUUUGGUUUCCAUGCAAUGCAAUAGUCUUGCCUUCAGCAACUUUUUCUGACUUUUAUUCCUGUGGGUGGGUAACACUAAAAAUAAAAAAUACAAGCUCUGUUAAUGAACGUUUUUGUAAUUUGUUAUGUUAGGAGUUAAUGCAUCCACUAGGAGCACGGUAACUCCUCAAUCCGUUAACACUGUCACUCCUACUACUACUACUGUUGACCUACGGUCGAGGUUCACUACGACUGGGUCCAUGUAUUUCGGUUUGAAGGGUCGUAAAUUGUCAUGAUUUAGGUACUGUUUGCUUACACUGUCUAAUAAUGGACAUGUUUAUAACAAUUCUACUACCUUUAGUGGCAAAAGUUAUUCUAUUCUUCUUGUUUAAUUUGGAUUUCAUACUCCACUUAACUGUACUCAGUGGAACCUCCAUUUAACAAAGUGCCAUUAGCCCAAGGAACUGGGAAAAUUUGUUCGAUAUAUAGAGGGUUUGUUAUAUCGAAAACCUUGAUUUAACAAAUUUUGGGGAAAACAAGCAAAACGUUCAUUACCUCAAUGUAUAGUUAAUGAUUAGCAUUUCCAGAUCUGAACAAUUUCUGUGAUAAACAUUUGUAUACAAAGCUAUUGUCUCAGCUCAGAGCUGUACAUAGCUACGGCACUAGAGGUAUGGCAAUUCCUUGUAUCAUUUUCAAAAGGAAGCUCUUGACCAAAGAUCUUACCUUAGCCAAGUAUAAGCUAGAACAUCUAAGAAUUAGUUGUGCAAGAGUGUGCUGGUUUUGGUUUAUGUGGGAGGUGCAUCAUUGUUUAUGACAUGUUAAUUAAGAUGCACCUUAACUCCUGGACGCUUUCAAAUACAAGUUUGUUGACUUUCUAAUUUCUUAGAGAAAAUACCAAGUAAAAGGAAAACACCAGACAUAAUAAGGUGAGCAUUAUUUGACUUUUGGUAAUCUCAUUAAAAAUAUUUUUGCUGAAAAUGAUUAAGCAAAUUUAAUAUCCAUUACAUGAGCAGACUUACCUGACCUAUACCAAAGGGUAUAGGGUUCAGAGCCAGUAUUCACAAGUUUCUUUAAAAUCAGUGAGACAUUAAGUGGUCAAACAACAAUCAAAGCAGCUUCAAGCAAAAAUGUUUUGUCACGGGUUGUGUGCUAGCCUGAUCCCUAAGGUUGGCUCAAAUGGGCAGGCCAAAUUCAAAGACACUUGACUGAAGAUUAACUAACUUAUUUUUUUGCUUAUUGAACCAUGAUCAUACAUGUAUGUCUGUGGGUUUGAAUCAUAAUUUUUUUCAGCAUGCUUGUGAACGUGUAUGGCAGUAAAGACUUGUUUGUUUCUGAAUAUCGCACUCUUUUGGCGGAUCGCAUACUUUCUUCAUUCAAUUAUGACACAGAGAAAGAGGUAAUUACAUGCACUUUUGUGUUUGUUUAUUAAUUUAUAAAGUUAUUCUCUCUGUGAGGAAUAACCUCUACAGAUUUUCAUAAAUUCAAGUUUCCACAAUUUUUCUCAAAAGCUUUGUGCAUUCUGAGCCCCUACAUUUUCAAGUUUGCCUCAUCUGCUUUAAAAGUCUGGCUAUGGAAAUUUUUGGAUUUUGAACUUACUUAAAAUUGACGUGUAGUGUCAGCAACAAUCUAGAGUCAAAGUGUUCUUACAAAAUUUAACUUAACCUUGUACAUGUGGAGAAUUUGAUUUAUAUUGUUGUAUAUGUGGAGAAUUUGAUUUAUAUUGUUUUCAAGAACUGAAAUUUUUUUUGUUUAUUUGUUUGCAUUUUUCACACAUCAUUAAAUUUUUUAUUUUUCCACUUCAGCUUCGUUAUCUUGAGCUUUUAAAGCUUCGUUUUGGAGAAUCUCAUUUGCACUUCUGUGAGAUAAUGCUGAAGGACGUGGCUGACUCCAGGCGAAUCAAUUCUCACAUAGAGGCAUCAGCAGCAAAGAAUGAAAAUACCAAGGUACAGUAUACAGGAUGAAACUCCAUUAGCACGCAUUGCCUUAUUUGUUUGAAUCAUUCAUGACUAUAUUUUUUUUCGCAUUUUCUUCUCUUACAGCAGUCCGAUUCUAUUCCACUGACAGCUUUGGUUUUGUCUGCAGUAUUUUGGCCUGCAUUUAGGGAAGAAAAGCUUAAAGUUGCUGAAGAUGUGCAGAGGUAUAUAAAUUUGUGUUUGUGUGCCUAUUACUGAAUUGAACAUGAACGUUCCUGUUUUUUAAUAUUUUAAUUGACAGCAUUGCAACCAAUUAAGUAACUGUUGUUAGUUAAAGUGUUUAAGUUGCUUAAGCCUUGACUAGAAAUUGCAAGUUUCAUCUGGUGUAAGAUAUGAGAGUUUGUAGCUUUGCCUGCAUUUAAUGGUAGUGAGCUUCAUAUUUCGAUUAUUAGUUUUUGGAAAAAAAGCCCAUGAUAUGAGGCACUUUUUUAUUGCUCAUUACCUGUGCAUGUAGAAAUCACAAAUACAGUUGUAAAAUACUGUAUAGCCAGAAUAUUUUUAUUAGCUGUCGUACAAGAAGGGAAUUCACUUUUUGUUUCAUGAGUAACUGUGUUCAUUUGGAGCUGGCAUAGCUUUGAACACACUACCUGGUAUUAAUGUUGAAUCAAGAUGUUGUCAGAGUGUUAAGCAUCAUUCUUGAUAAACCCUUGUUGUGUCAUUUUUUUCUUUAUUGCUACAUGUAAUUCAUAGAGCAAUGGAUGAAUACACUCGUGGAUUUGAAGCCCUGAAGGUAAUGCGUACACUUCAAUGGAAGCCACACCUGGGUCUUGUUGACCUUGAUGUUGAGUUAGCUGAUCGCACAUUAUCGCUGUCUGUGAGUCCUGCUCAGGCUACUGCCAUUAUGCACUUUCAAGACAAAGGUAUAUGUCUCAAGAUGCCGAUCAUCCUGUUAUAAAUGGUUGUUAUUAUAAACUUCAUUCUAAAGCUUUUGCAUAUCACUUUAUUUUUUCAGAUCGGUGGACCCUAGAAGAGCUAAGUAGUGUAAUGCAUGUCCCCCCAGGGCUACUCAAAAGACGAUUGGGAUUUUGGAUUAGUCAGGGGGUCCUCAAAGAGGAGUCUACAGAUACCUUUGUUGUCGUGGAAAAGCAGAAAGGACAACAGAGGUUACCAGGUAUGUUGAACUGCAGACCCUCCUCCAGCUUAUUAAAGGGAAGAGGGGGUGGAUCAAGGAAACUAUUCUCUCUGACACUCCCCUGACACCUUACCUAGAAAGUGUAGAGAGUAUUCUUCAACACUGAUUAUACCAAGCUCUGUUGGUUUUUGAAUUUUUGGCUCUUAUGUGUUUAAAGACUCCUGGAUAGUUAGACUUUCAAAAUGCAAGGAAUAAGAAAAUGAUCUUCCUUUAAGCCUAGAUAAGCAAAUUUCAGAAAUUUGUGGAAUUAGCAUUAAUGUUGAAAUAAUUUAGCCAAGGGUGUUGAACUGGAAAAUAAAACUAAAAAAAUGGAACUUCUUGUUUCAUUGCAGAAGUAAUCAUGGAUGCUGAGGUAGAGUCUGUUAUGGCUUCUUCGCAGGAUCAAAGAGAAGAGGAAUUGCAGGUAAAAUUUUACAAACUCCUUGUCCUGUAAAUUAAGCUGUGUUGACUCGUAUGGACAAAAUUGUUAUAUACACACUAAUUAAGGGCUUAACAAUCUCUCAGUGCCCACUCAAUGAAACCCCCUCCCAGAAACAUUUUCUGAUUUAUAACCUUUGGUAUGAAUGUGAGAUUUAUUGUAAAAUACAUUUUCAGUUGAUAAUCAAGGCAAUGUAGGGGGUGAUUCAUGUUGGAGCUCUGAUCAGCACUGGUGGUUCUUCUGAAAGCAUUGCCAACAGUCCAGAUCAUCUGUCCACAUAGAAUGCGUUAAUAAAAGUAUGACACCUGUUACCCAGGGCUGUCAAUAAGGGCUGGUAGCCGACCAAAAUCGCCCGCUAGUUAGCCAUCGUUAGCGGGCUACUUUCAUCUCCUUCUACCAUAACUGGUAACAAGCACCUUCGAAUAAAAUUGUAAAGCAUCCAUUUCCCAGUUUUGAAUGACAUUGAAAACAUAUUUAAACAGGUUUAGAUCUGUGAAACGUUUGAGCCGUGCAAUGUUGUGGAACUCACAGGACAUUGUGACAAAACAACCUGGUGUGCACGGUGGAAAAUACCUCUUGAAAAUGCCUGGAAACGCCAUUUCCAAGACUCUAAAUUUCAAAAUGUCCCCAGCUGCCUCGGUCCUCAAGAACUUGUGCCUUUUGUGCGAGGGCCAAAGCCACCUACAAUUCAUCAUCAGCCUGCUACUUAAAAACUUUUUGACAGCCCUGCUGUUACCCCAAUGCUAUGGUCAUGCCUCGUUAUUCAUGAUUUGUUUCAUAUCUCUUGUAGGUAUUUUGGUCAUACAUUGUUGGUAUGCUUACAAAUCUGGAGAGCCUGCCAUUGGACAGAAUACAUUCCAUGUUACGCAUGUUUGCAAUGCAAGAUCCCUCCUCCAGCCAGUGCAGUGUGGAUGACUUAAGACAGUUCCUUGGUCGCAAAGUUAAGGACCAGGAACUGCAGUUUGUUAAUGGAUUUUACAGGUUACCAAAGUCAGGCAGAUAG